AUGAAGCUUAAGGAAUUGAGCACUGAUCCUGAGAAGUCAAAACUCCCAUUUUGGGAAAAAUCCAAACUUUGUAGUAAACUGUGGUCUGAACUCCAGCCAGGAGAUAAGGCAAUAUACAUAUAGAGUGCUAAGUUAUGUAAAGAGCAGUAUGUUAAGGAUUGGAGUGGGUAGAAAUUACCCUUACUCAGAGGAGGGAGAGGUAAAUCAGCUAGAGAUAAAACCAAACCAGAGCCUAUAAUGUCGCCUUGGAGAAUAUUUGUGAAAGAAAACACACCCAUACUUUAGAAUGACAACCCUGAUCUUGAAUACUAUGAUAUCAAACGUAUGCUUGAGGACAUCUGGGCUGAUCUGGAUGAAGAUUAAUUGAAAUAUUAUGAUGAAAAAUCUCGGGAUGACAAGUGGCGCUUCUUAGAGGAAUGGGAGGCUUGGCUUCGCUAAAGAUUUGCUAGUAUAGUUCCUAUUUAACCUGAUAAGUUCCCAGCCCCUCCUAAAAGACCAAUAAAUGGAUUCAAAGUAUUUGGAGAGGCACAAAAAACUAAAUUCCUAGACAUGAUGCCUGAAAGCUAACAACAUGAAAUAGCAGGCCUUGUUAAUAGAAUAUGGCAUCAGCUUCCGACUGAAAUUAGGUAAGACUUUGAGGAAAUGGCUGAGCCUGAUAGAAUCAGAUAUCGCUAACAGUUUAAAGAUUACUAAGACAAGUAUGUCAAUAUAUUCAAAAGGACUGAUGACUAGUCAAAGAUGUUUAUCGAAAAGAUUUAAUGCCUCUAGUAGUAAGACAUUUAAAAGUCGGAUGUUCCAAGCACUAAUUGUGAUGAUGAAGAGUAAUAGUAAUCAGAGAUUUUUCAUUCAAUUAGUGACUAAGUAAUUGAUCAGAUUCUUAACCUAGAAAAGGAUGCUGUUAAACUCAUCAAGCAAAGUCGAGUUUAGCAAAAGGAAGAGCAGAAACGCAAAAUAAGUAAACUCAAACCUCCUAAGUACAAGCAAAGGACAAUAUACAGUUAGCUUGUUGAAAUUUAAGAAUUAUAGGAAAUUGAAACUGCCUAAAAAAACUAAGCUCAAAGUGAAAACAUAGAAGGUACGCUGAAAAACAGAAAGUAUAAAAAGCGAGUUCAGAAAAAGUUAUUCGCUGAGCACGACGAUGAAGAGGAUUACCUGCUGACUCAUAUGGCUGAAAUUAUCAGGCAAAACAAAAAAAAUUAAUCUCGAUCAUCUGACAAAUAACCUGAGUAAAUAAUUAUUGAAGAUUUGGAAAAAUCAGAAAUACAAGAAUAAACUAACAAAGUAUAAAUUAAUUCAGAAAAAAUAAAUAGUGAUUUGGAAUAGGAAGAAACUGAAAAAGAAACUACUAAUAUAUAAUCACCUUCAAUCUUGAACUUGACACUAGAGAAACAACUAGUGUUCACAGAUCCUCUAAAACUUAUUGAUGAUCAAAUAACUAAUUACACAGCUGAGGAAUCUAAGAUCACAGCUGAGUCAUAGCAAAUCUAUGAAAAUUAUUGCUAUAGUCUUGAUUAAGAAAUGGAAUUGAAUGAUGAACAAAAUUAGCUAAACAGCAAAAUCGAUUUGGCUGAUUUCUUUGACGGUGAAUUUGAAAAGGAAAAUGAUGAAGACGAAUUAAUGAUAAUUGAAUCAAUAGCAAUAUAAGAAAAUGAUACACUGAAGCAUAAGUUAAAGUUAAAAUCUAAAGCAGUUUAAAUUAUCCAGAAUAAAGUCUAAACAAAAUAGGAUUUAGAAAAAAUCGCUCAAGAAAUUGAAAAUCUUACAGAGAAAAAUGAAUCUCUACAAUAAACAGUAGAUAAUUUACUGCAAGAAAACUAAGUGCUUGGCUAGAUUAUUGAUAGAAUGAAGUAGAAAGUGGUAUCUAAAAGCGGAGUAGCUGUAGAUGAGCUAGAGAAUGCCUUCAUUGAGCUUAAUAAAGAGUAUGAAUAGCUUAAAAAUAUGAAUCAAUUUCACUGGCAAGUUGAAUAGGUCAAGAAUUAAUAUGAGAUUGAAAUUUCAUAACUCAGAGACUCCUGUAUGAAACUCAUUUAAGAUGGUUAAGAAAAAGAGAUGAGACUAAAUUUUGUAAAAGAAGAAAAUAUAAAGCUUUAAGAUUAAAACUCAUAGAUUAAAGAGCGAUGUGAGUUUUAUAAAGUCAAAUUCAUGGAUGAGGCAAAGGAGUUGAUUAGAGUCAGAGAUAGCUUCAAAUAAGUGGUUGAGGAUAAUAAAACUCAUGUCUAGUUUAUUUAAGUUCUUGAGAAGAGAAUUAAGGAAUUAGAAACUUAGGCAUAGAGUGACAUUGAAAAAUUGCAUCAAAGAUUGAAUGAGCUGAGACUACGAACGAUUCAGGAGACUGCGAUCAUGCUUAAUAAUUAAAGCAACAAUGAUGUAGUGAACAUUUAAAUAAUUAAGGUAGAGCUAGAGUAAGAGUAAAGGACAAACUCAGAUCUCAAAUAACAACUUCAAUUACUGUCUCAGAGUAAGGAUUAAAAUUAAGCAAACCUCGCUAUGUGCCGUCAUAAUCUACUUCAGACAACUAUGAAACUUGAGGAGGAAGUUAGAAGGGUGUUUGCAAUUGAAAAAAUGCGGCUAGAAGAUCUUACUGAAAUUGAAAACCUCAAGAAAAGACUUCAAACCAGCUAAUAGUUAUAGUAUUAAUGA